AUUCUCGCAUGACAACAGUACCCGCUCAUCUGAUUGGUCCCUUUGCGCAUCAAUUAACGGAGACCGCGCUCAACCUCUUCCGUGGCCACCAAUGAAAUAUAAUGGGGGGCGGAACUUAAGAAAAAAAAAAAAAUCCUUCCUUCAUUAUGACGUCAUCUCCGCUGUGUCAUGCGCGCAUCCGCUGUUAUGAGAGGCGCGCGUCGUCAUAUCUAGCGAAAGCUGCUGUUGAACAGAAGGCAAUGGAAGGCACCAUGGCUACACUAACGUCUCUGGAUCCAGAUUUGGUUCGAGAAGUGUUGGAAUGCCCUAUCUGUCUGGAGACCUACAACCAGGACCAACUUCGACCCAAACUGCUGCAGUGCGGUCACUCUGUGUGUCGCCAGUGCCUUGAGAAACUCCUUGCCAGCACCAUAAAUGGUGUGCGGUGCCCCUUCUGCAGCAAGGUUUCUCGUAUGAGCAGUAUUUCCCAGCUGGCUGACAACCUUACUGUGUUAAAGAUCAUCGACUGUGCAAGUUCAUGUAGAUCUACCAUGGGUCUCAUGUGCAAGUCCUGUAUGAACCGCCUUCCCCGUCAGUAUUGUUGUGACUGCGGCAUCGUAUUGUGUGACAUUUGCAAGAACGAGGGUCAUCAGCGCCACGGUCACGACGUACAAGCCAUUCGCAUGGCUGCCGAACAACGGCGAAAAGACCUUACCGGGAAGCUCACUAACUUGCGGGAGGCAAUGGGUAAUAUUCAGAAAAAGAAGGCUGCCAUUGACAACGUGGCGAAAUCAUUCCGACUGAAGUACAAGGCUGUCCAGCAGGAGUAUGCCAAGGCUGAGUUGCGGCUCCAGGAAGAUCUUGGCCGCUCGCGUCGUGCCUUUGCAACAUCCAUGGCUGAAGUAGAGAAACUCAAUGCCCAGAUUCUGGAGGAGCAGGCCUACCUGCUCAACAUUGCCGAAGUGCAGGUGGUGUCUCGUUGCGAUUACCUCACCAUAAGAAUAAAACAGACUGAUAUUGCGCUACUGGAGGAAGGGAGCAAUAAUGAUGAUGAAGAGUUGGACUUAAAAAUGAAUCUGCCUGUCAUUUUGAAACUACAGGACCCUGAACUGGUUAAAAUCGAGCACUCAAAACCCUUAGAUGUAGCACAGCUGACUACAAAACCCUGCACUGUCAAUGCUGAAGAGGAAGAUGGACUUGAGUUUGCCACUGCCGCUGCCGCCCCUUUGGACAUUUAUCGUGAUAUCGAUAUGGUAGCGGCAGUCGAAGAAGCAGUUUGUGCUUCUCCUGGUAGUUUCAAGUCCAAGUCCGUAGAUGGAGGGGGACCUUCUCCAGGGGCUACUGGCGGGCAGCUCUGUCAGUUCGUAAAAAAGAUGGGCUGCAAGGGGAAUCUCCCUGGCAUGUUCAACUUGCCGGUAAGUAUUUGUGUCACUCCGCAAGGCGAGGUGCUCGUGGCUGACCGAGGGAACUACCGCAUCCAGAUCUUCAACCGCAAGGGCUUCCAAAGGGAGAUACGCCGCAACCCAAGCAGCAUCGACAACUUUGUCUUGAGCUUCCUCGGUGCGGACCUUCCCAACCUUAUUCCUCUCUCCAUUGCAAUCACUGCUCAGGGUCUCAUUGGGGUCACCGAUAACUAUGACAAUUCCGUGAAGGUUUACACCACUGAUGGCCACUGCAUCGCCUGCCAUAAGAACCAGCUCAUUAAGCCAUGGGGCAUCGCCGCCAUGCCUUCGGGACAGUUUGUUGUGUCGGAUGUGGAAGGUGGAAAGCUUUGGUGCCUGGCUGUGGAUCGUAACGUAGGGGUGGUCAACUACAACCGUCUAUGCUCGGCAGUCAGGCCCAAAUUUGUGACUUGUGACUCCUCAGGGACAGUCUAUUUUACACAGGGUUUAGGCCUAAACAUUGAAAAUAGACACAAUGAACACCACCUCGAGGGGGGGUUCUCCAUCGGCUCAGUGGGUAUGGAUGGACAGUUGGGAAAACAACUUAGCCACUUCUUCUCAGAAACCGAGGACUUCCGUUGCAUCACCGGCAUGUGUGUGGACUCUAACGGGGACUUGAUUGUGACGGACAGUGGUCGGAAGGAAAUACUACAGUUCCCGAAAGAAGGUGGCUAUAACGUUCUCAUUCAAGAGGGCCUUACAUGCCCCGUUGGGGUGGCUGUUACUCAAAAGGGACAACUGCUAGUCUUGGAUUGCUGGGACCACUGUGUGAAGGUCUACACAUACUUGCAGAGGAGACGUUCCUCUACUUGUUAAGACCACUGUGUCGAUGAAUGAAGGGCAUUUGGACGAUAUAUAAGACUGGUCACUUCAGUUGAAAUGAUUAUAAAUGCGAUUGCUUCUUGGUGCUUUCUGACCAGUGGCAUGCAAUGGCUGGGGUUGGGCAGCAACCGUUCACCACUGCCAUGGAGCAAUUUGAAGAUCAAUUAUGUAUAUUAUUUUGGCUGCUACGGACAAAUGCAUUUUGGAAUACAGUACAACUGAUGGCAAUAACUGAGUCAUUUUCUUUUAAGUGUGCAAGUUAGUUUCCAUUUGUGAUUUUUUUUUUUUUCUCUUUAUUUGUACUGCUGUACUAGGAGGAAUUAAAAAAAAAAAAAGCAACA